AUGCGUACAUCAUAUGUUGAAAGCCGGUUUCUCUUGACAAUUCCUUGUGAAUUUGGUAAGAGACAUUUUGACAUGGAAAAGAAGAUAGGAAACAUUUAUUUUCAGGUGUUGGAUGAUGAAAGAGUUUGGCCUGCACGGUACGCAAUCAGGAUGACCGAAAGAAGAAUAAUGUUUGAAGUGACAAGAGGAUGGACAAAAUUCUCAAAGAACUAUAAUUUGAAAGUCGGCGAUGUUUGUAAUUUUGAGCUCAUUCUUAAAACUAACAUGACGUUUCAAGUUCACAUCUUUAGAAAAACAAAUGAAGACAACACAGAUCGUCCAACAUCUGCAAAAACUUCUCAACAGAAGAAUAAAGCUACUCAAGGAUAA